GACCUCGGAAGUUUUUAAAAGUAUAUUUACCUACGCAACACAGUGUUGUGGUAUUUGUGAUGGGUUUGGAAUGUUACACAGUGUUGGAAUGUAUAGGAGAAGGCUCUUUCGGACGUGUUUUUCGAGGACGAAGAAAGGAAACUGGCCAGAUUGUAGCCAUGAAGUUUAUACCGAAAGUUGGGAAGAGCGAAAAUGCUCUUAAAAAUCUUAAGCUUGAAAUUGAAAUCAUGCGAUCAAUGCAUCACACCAACAUAAUAGAAAUGCAAGACUCAUUUGAGACAGAAAGAGAGGUAGUUGCGAUUACUGAUUAUGCUGAAGGAGAUCUUUUCCAAAUAAUCGAAGAUGAUGGCCGACUUUCCGAAGAAACGGUUAGGUCCGUGGCUUGUCAGUUGGUAUCUGCACUAUACUACCUCCAUGCCAACCGUAUUUUGCACAGAGAUAUGAAACCACAAAAUAUUUUGCUGGGUCAAGAUGGCGUCGUCAAGCUUUGUGAUUUCGGGUUCGCGCGGGUCAUGGGCUGGAAUACUUUAGUUCUGACAUCUAUAAAGGGAACUCCUCUAUAUAUGGCGCCAGAGAUUAUUGAAGAAAAACCUUACGAUCAUACAGCUGACCUAUGGGCACUGGGUUGCAUAUUAUACGAACUGUUCGUCGGUACUCCUCCGUUUUACACGAACAGUAUCUUUCAACUCGUCAAGAUGAUUACAAAAACUUCUAUCCAGUGGCCUCCAGAUAUGUCCUCUGUUUUUAAGGACUUUUUGGCCAGGUUAUUGCAAAAAGAUGUACGACAACGUUUGCAGUGGCCAGACCUUUUGGAUCAUCCAUUUGUCUGCGAUAAGAUUGAAAUUUCUCCGGGUGUUCGUCUUCUUUCUAGUCCAUUGACUCAGCCACUAACUCCGAGUCAGCUAGCAGAAAAAGAAAGACAAAGAUUACUGAUGCUGAGACCAAAUGGUUCAAGAGUACUGAGACGAGCCGGCGGUGACCAGUUUGGCAAACUUAAGCAGGUAAAAGAGGAAGAUAAGACUGACGACUCUCUAGACCGACGCCGUGGAAAGUCUGUUGUCAGAGAAGUACCAGAAUCAGAUCAAAAGGGGGACGUAGUUGAUAAAAGACAUUCAAAACAAAUUUCAGAUAGGCCCCCGUUUUUGAAAUGUGGCGAUGGAGAAAAAGUGAAAAAACCGAGAACACAUACAAAGGCUAUUGAGGAGCAAGAGGAACUAGUUAAAAGACCUAAUUCAGCGGACACUAACCUGGGCGGGAACGCAUUGUCUAACCAAAAUUGUCCUACCAGACGACCUCAAAGUUGUGAUGCCUUAGGAUCCAAAAAGAAAACCUCAGAAUGGUCUCAAAUUGAAGAUAUUCCUGUUGAGCCUCCAACUCCAAGAGAAAAUCGAAUAUCUGCCGAUUACGACCGCGAAAAUGCAGUUCGAGAGUAUCUGCAACUAAGUCAUCAGGCACAUUGUAACACAAAUAUCAAACAACAUUCUGCAGAAAAAGACGAUGCCUUGGUUGAUGAUAUACCAAAAGAUCAAUUAGUAGAAAAAAAUGAUAUAGAACAUUUUCAUUCAACGGUUAGAAAACAAAAUUCGCUUGAUACAUUUGAUUCAGUGUCAAAAUCAAAUCAUUCAGUAAAGUAUACUGGUUGGUGGUUGAGAGCUAGUGCAGAAGCCUGGGAACGUUUAGCUGAUGCUACUGAUAUUGAGUUUCCUCAUCCACCUGGUUGUGAAACAGAAAACUCUCGACAUUCUAUAGAAAUCAGACAACCGAAACGAAGAACAGCUUUAAGUUUACUCUGUGACAGUGAAUUUGGCCAGCGGUUAUCAUUGAGAUUGACAUCAGCCUCAGUUAUUGAUGAAAGGGCUGCAUGGGAGUCUAUCCACUCAUGGGCAUCAGCUUUAGCUGAAGAUCCUUCUCCAAAAGAUCAUACUCGUCCAGUUUCUGCUGGAACGGUUGUAUCGAAAGAGUCAUCAGAUGAUGUAGAGUCAGGACUCGAAGCAGCUGCUUAUUUAAGGACUUUACUUCGCCUAGUGACAAAUCUAAUCACUGUCAAAUGUGAUGUUUCGAUUAUUGUACAGUUUUGUGAAGUGACCGAGUUACCAGUGCAAUUGAUUAAAUUAAUGCAAUCAUUUCUGAAUUUUACAAAAUUACAUGAGAAAAUGUGGUAUGAACAAAUUCUCCUAGAUAUAAUUAUUGCAAUAAACGCCUAUUUUGUGAGUGAAAUUGGUCAAAGACAGAAUAUUCCACAUUCGGUCUUACAAAGUUACACAGAACAUGCUCUUUGUUUUAUUGAGCUUGUACCGAGGUUAGUGAAUCAGGAUUGUGACAAAGAAUUACACUUACGUGAUCAAACUCUACUAUGUAUUCGUUAUUUAAUUGAACGUAUGGUUGAGAGGCCAUCUGCAGUUGUUGAGGAAUUUUUCAAUGAAUUAAAGAAACAUCAUCUUCAAACUAUAAAGACACUAGUAUUGAUGCCAUCCAUCAGUCGGUAUAGUUUAGUUGAUGCUGAUAUUAAUCGCUUAGACGAUAUUCGUGAACACGCUAUGGCAGCAUUGACUGCUUUCACAUGUCCUUUGUCCACGGUAUGUAUAUCGAACAAACAUUUCAAAGAUAAUAGUAACAAUUCUGUUGGAGGGACAAAACCAGGGAACUACUCCAUUCGAACACAUGAUAUUGCUAUGUACAUCGCAAACCAACUUUGUCAACCGGAAUUGGAAACGCAUUUACGUGUGUAUAUUUCCUAUCUAUGGGUUAGUCGUUUGUGUAUACACACAGCAAAAGUUUUUUAUGAUUGUGUACAGGCUGAUACUUUAUUUGCUCACUAUUGUAUGAAAAAGUUUCCGGUAUAUUUGGAAGCCUUGCUAGACUUGUUACGAGGAAGUGUUUCAGUGUCAAAAUCUGAUCGUGUAACUUUAGUUGAAUUGGUGAUGCAUUCAUUAACUGCAUUUAUUAUUCAAUUGGGUCAUGUACCAGAAAUAAUAUUACAGAACAAAGCACAAUUUUGUAAAAUGCUUGUUGAAUCACAUGUUCCAAGUCAUGCAGCUGCUUCAGCUCUACUUUUAUCUCAAAUCUAUGAGCUACAAGAGUAUACUAUUCCAGCUAAACCAAAUGAUAUAGUUCAAGCAAUGUCAUUAAUUCUGGUUUCUCCAAUAGCUCAAAGUCAAACUGCACGUAGUCGAUUACUAGCUGCUUUAAACGAAUCUACAAGAGGUGCAAUCAAUUUAAAAGAAAAUAUAAAUGAUUCACAUAGUGAAAUAGAUUUAUCAAUGACUUUCGGUUUACCACAAAUUUUAUGGCCAGGUAAUCAUGGUUGGCUUGAUGGUUUAUUUAAUUUAGCUCAAAUUAUCUGUACACAGGCAGGAAACACAAUUUGGCAGUCAUUUCUGGAAUUUCGUAUAUCUGAAAGAAUUUGGCAGUGUUUAGAACAAAUAUUUGAUCUUCAUAAAUCAAGUAGUUCAUCGUCAGAUUCUGAUCAUGGUAUUGAUUUGGUCAUGUUAUCACCCAAAGGAAUUUUAUCAGCUUUGAAUUUGGCUGCUACAAUUUUCAGCAAGAAGCCAAAAUUAUGCAUUGAAACGUUAUUAUGUAAUCAAAGUCAGAUGUUAUCCGUACUGAAACAUUUUUUUACAACAAAAUGCAUUGAAGAACUACGUCAAAGUUCAUGGGCGGCACUACAUCCAACAGAUCUAGUAUUGGAUAUACUUAGUUCUUGUGCGCACUUAUUAUAUUUUCCGUAUAAAAAUGCUGACGAAGAGUAUCAAAUUGCAUUGACGAAGGUUUAUAUAGAAAAUCAUUUAUUAACCCAUUUUAUCCAUUCAUUAUGUAAUAUCUAUAAUUUAACAAAUUCACAUACAUCAUAUAAGAAAAACUCAAAUAAUACCUAUUUAAACAAUUCUAUUAUCGAUAAUAAAUGUAAAAAUAUAAUCACAUUAAAAUCAUUAGAUAAUGAUCCUGUAUUACUUGCACAUACUCAAUCUAUCCUACUGAUUGCAUUUAAACUGUGCUGUAAUCCAAUAAAUUUACAUGGUACAGAAAAUUCUGAUGAUAUAUCGAAUUUAUAUGGUCUAUAUGAAACAUUUAGUGAAGAACAAGGAUUAAUUUAUCAAAAAACUUUGGGUAAACAAUUGAUUAAUUUACUAUUUGGAUCAGAUUUGGAUGAUUAUGAACCGGAAGUAAAAGCGACACAUGAAUUGAUUCAAUGGUGUUUCAAAUCGCCUAUUAAAGAAAUUAAAUGGAAUGCUUGUGCUUUAUUAUCACAAUUUCUAGCAUUUCGUAUAUUAGAAUUGUCUGAUAGAAAAAGUGAUAAUCAUUCAUUUAAACUGGAUCAAAUGAAAAUCGUAGAAGAUGAACGUACAGCUGGAAAUUUAGUUUGGUCACUAUUAACACCUGUUGAUCAACCUGGUGUACAAACUCCUCAGAACUUAAUCAACUUUGUUGAAGAUUCUCAUGUUAUAUUAAUUGUACACGGUUUAAGUUUACUUAAUAAUUUAAUGUUAUGUAUGUACAGUGAAUCUAAUAUGUGUGAAAUUCUACCACAUUUUACAAAUGAACUACAAUGUCAUCAAAUUUGUCGUCCACAAUUUACUUCAACUAAUAGUCCAAUAUUAAAACGUAAAUAUUUAUCAACAACAUCGUCAUCAUUCUCAUCAUCAGUAUUAUCAUCAAGAACACGAUCGAUUUUAGAUGUGAAAUAUUUAACAUGGUAUUUUGAUAAACCAUUAAAUAUCUGUAUUAAACAUUUACAACAUAAUUGUUCAGUGAUUCGUCAAUAUGCAUUAUUAAUCAUUGGUAAUGUAUUAUUUUUAUCUAAUGAAUUAUGUAUGAAUAUUGUGUCUGCUUUACCAAGAAUUGUUUCACUAUUAACUGAAGAUAGUUCAUCUCGUGUUCGAACAAAUGCUGCUACUUGUCUUGGGAAUAUAUGUUAUCACAUAGACCAACUGUAUGAUUCAGUAUGUAAACAUAAAGUUCUCCACGCGCUUCUAGAGACUGGAUGUUUAGAUGGUGAUCGAAGAGUACAAGAAGCUGCAUUAGCUGCAUUACGAGCUCUUUGUAUUUCACACCAUCGUAUACGUAAAGAUUUAUCCAUUAUGAAUACAGUGAAAAAAUUGAAUGACAUGCAAAUCAGUUUAAAACGUAUCAGUACAAAUCGUUCAGGGCGUAAAUCAAGCGCUAGAAGUCAUUGCUUCGGAUUCUCAAUAAUAGACAUUGUGCUAUGACAUUGUGUCAUAUGUUUCUUCUUCGAUUGUGGAAGUGGUUGCCUUGUGGACUCUAUCAUCUGUUUCUAAUAUGCUGUGAGCUUCGCUAUUGAUUUUUGUGACUAUAAAAGUAUCGCUCAUAUCAAGACAAAACGCAACAAAAUGAAGUUCCCCCCAGAUUACUGAACUGAAAGUGUUCCAUUUUGAACGACAUACUAUCCAGCAUGCUGAGUCUUUAUAUAAUUCCAGUGGUUUUAUAACAAAUCGUAUUUCAUGUGGAGAUUCUAUUAUUUUCUAAAUUGACCAGAAUAAAAUGCUCGUUUUCACUCUCGUAAUCACGUGUGACAUAUUAUCGUGAAUAUGGAAAAGUAUUAUGGAGAAACAAAGGAUAAAACACCAUAAUUCUUAUUAGUUUUAUUCGUCAAAAAUAUUUAAUUGAAUAUUUUCAGUCAUAUAAUAUGAAAAUAGAAAUAGAUAUAUCACUGAAAACACGAACUCCUCAGCAGGGUAGUUCAUACUGAAAUGUUGUUCAGUGCUUCCAGGUUUUUAAUGAUGGUCUAACACUGAUCGAUUCAUGAUCAUAAUCAAAAACUCAACAAUCUCUACAACCCUAUACAGAAAACAUGAACAUUUGAAGGACACAAAAUUUGCAGGUAACUCGACCAAUGUUAUUUUCCUCACUAUAUAAUGUAAAAUAGUUCUGUGAUGACUUUCGCCAAUUCUGAAAUCUAUUUCCACGAAUAAUACUCGUUUGAAAUAAAAUUGAAAAAUUUUUGUUAUUGCAUAUUUUUCUAGUUGGUAAAAAUGUUUAGUUUACUUCUUUGUCUUGUAAUUACUUUAAUUCUGUCAGAUCGUUUGGCUUAUCAUGAUGUUUAUAUAAAAUUAGAUACUUUCUGUAACUUUGUUGAAUCUCAUUAUUCUUUUGUUGAAGAAUUAAUUAAAUGAGUUACUUUAUUUGAAUUCUAAAAAAUCACAGAUCAAAGAUUAUUUGAACCUAAGACCUCAAGUUUGAUCAAAAAUCUUAAUGGUGAUAUUUUGAUUAAAUUUGAACUAUCAAUGAUUUUAUGUAUUUUUAUUGGCUUUAUCAAAUAGUAAUCUAAAACAAUUGAGAUUUUAAUCUCUAUAUUUUCUUUCUUAUUUCCGUUGGGACCUUAUUAUCUAUUUAUUACUAUUGUAAGUGAAUUGUAGAUUUAAUGUUGUGAUUACUUGUGAACUACGUUUUGAUGAAAAAAAUGAUGAAUUGUAGGCAAGAUAUAACGACCCAACUUAGCUGAAUUAUUGACUAAUCACUCGGUUAACUAUUAACGUCAAUUUUAAUAGUUGAGUUCAUGAAUCACUUGAAGCUAGACCAACAUGGAAAACCUGGAAGCACUGUACGGCCAUUUUGUUCUAUUGUGGGACUCCUCGGCAGUGCGCAUCCACGAUCCCACGUUUCCUAUGGUGGUCUAGCUUAAAGUGAUUCAUGAUCUCAACUAUUAAAACUACUAUAAUAUCCACAAACCUUUUCUGAUAUUAAAGUCAAGCUCUAAAAUGUAUUGAAAGAUCACAUAAUCAAUUGACCAUCAAAAAUGAUUUAUUCAUAUACUAAUAAAUAAAUAUAGAAAUAAGUGUUAAAAAUGUGUUAUUUAAAUCAUUGAUGUUUACAUCAUCUACUUUUCUUCUGUAUUCAUACAAUCUUUACAUAAAAUGUUGAUUAUAAUGUCGUAACAGAUAUUCUUCAUAUAAGCUAA